GAUGUAAAAAAAUAAUAGUUAUUAUUUUGUAAAUUUGCAAAAUUAUUGUGAAUUUAUGAUAAAACAUGUCACUCAAUACAAGAGUGCCUCCCAUUGAGGAUUCAGUGCCUCUAGAUGCGUGCUAUCCCAGUGUCAGUGAGCGUUAUUACAUGCAUUACUAUUACAUUCCUAAGAAGCAAAUGAUAAGAGACAACACCAACCAUAACUCCUCAAUUCCCCUGAACUCUCGAAUAACUGAUGCAGACUCUCAAGACGGCCCGUGCAAGAAAAUCAGGUUAGAUACGCCGCUCCCGGAACCUGGAUCGCGGUCAAGUACCGUCAACCAUCAAGAUGCGAAUCCUAACAAUCAAUCAACGUUUCCCAUCAACAAAGACGGCAGCUAUGGUGCCGAUUUAAGGGACAAUUGUGUGAUUACUGGAGAGGAAACUCUCGUCAUGGUUCACUCAAAUCGACUCUGCGUAGUCAGUCUCUCACCUCACCAUCCAAUUGUGCAAGGCAAUCUCACUGUAAAUAAGGUGUCGUUCGAGGUGGACGGAGUAGACCGCCUAAGCAAUCAAGUGUCCGGCAAAGGCAAGCGUGGUGCUCAAGUUCUUGGCAGCAAGGCAACGCUCUGCAAGGUACACACAGAUGACGGCCGCAUUUACCACGUUAUGUGCGGUGCUCGCGGUAAACUGGUUCAGGUGAACGAGCGCCUGGUGAGCGAGCCGGAGUUGUGUGGCCGCAGUGCCGGAGCUGACGGUUGGCUGGCCGUUGUUCUACCAAACCUCACAAUUUAUGACGGUCUUAUAAUGGCACUAACGCCAGCUGAACGCUACACGGAGCUCUGGCAGCGUCAGAUGUUAAAAAAUGUCGACCGUGUGAAAUGCUAAUUUUCAUCCCUCAGGGCAGAAUAAUAAUGAAAUUGAAGACUGGGCAUUAAAAUAUGGAAAAUGAUAGUUCUGUCAAAUGCGUUAACUUCUUUUAUCGACAUCCUCAGCAUCGGCAAAGAUUUAACUGCGAUUAUUGCUUGAAAUUUCAAUUUCUGCUAUUCCAUGUAACCUGAUUGGUCUGUAAAUAUAUCCUGACAUUUA